AUGACAAACAAAGGCAUGCAGAGGUUUUAUGAGAGGAUCCCUGAUACUUUCAUGGCAAUUGAUUUCUCAGGCAACAAUUUCAAAGGACAGAUUCCAACCUCCAUUGGGAGCCUCAAGGGGCUUCAUUUGCUCAACCUUGGAGGCAAUGAUCUUACUGGCCAUAUCCCAUCCUCCCUGGGGAACCUAACACAGCUGGAGUCAUUGGAUCUUUCCCAGAACAAGCUCUCAGGAGAGAUCCCUUGGCAAUUAACAAGGCUAACAUUCCUUGAGUUCUUCAAUGUGUCUCAUAAUCAUCUUACUGGGCAUAUACCACAAGGAAAACAAUUUUCAACAUUUGAAAAUGCUUCAUUUGAUGGGAACCUAGGAUUGUGUGGAAGUCCUUUGUCAAGGGAAUGUGGAAGUUCUGAGGCAUUACCACCAACAUCUUCGUCCUCUAAACAAGGUUCAACUAGUAAAUUUGAUUGGAAAAUCGUAUUAAUGGGAUAUGGAAGUGGGCUAGUAAUCGGAGUUUCAAUUGGGUAUUGCUUGACCUCAUGGAAACAUGAGUGGUUCGUGAAAACCAUUGGAAAGCGGCAAAGAAAAUGGACAAGGAAAGAAGGAAGGGGGAAGAGAGGCUGA